AAAACCUCUCCGCCUUCUCUCUCUCUCUCUCUCUCUCUCUCUGUCUCUCUCUCUCUCUGUCUCUCAAGAUUUAUCAACCAAGAUUAAUUCUUUGCUAAUUACAAUCUUGAAUUCUUGAUCGCCUUCCUUUGAAUUUUAAUCUUUUCUUGUGUCAUGGGGGCCAAAGGGCACAGCCAAAGCAAGUUCGUGAAGAUCUUUAUGAUCCCAAUAAAGGUAUUGGGCAAAGCGAGGGAUCUUUACAUCAAGAGUAUGACGGGGUGCGCAGCCAGAGCCACUCCUGGCCACUCCAUGUCGAAGCCAAAUGGUCAAUUGCCCAAGAGUUACAGCAUGGGAUCAUCAAUAUCCAACGACAAUGACGAUUACAUGGAGCUUAUAAGGGCUGCCUCCGUCAGAAGCCUUGGUCACAAGAAUGAAAUCGACAUGUUAUUGCAGCAAAUGAAGCAGGAAUCAAUGUCAUCGAAACAGUUGCCCAAGAGUUGCAGCGUUGGGAUGGGAUUCAUGGGUAGGAUUGAUGAAGAGAAGCCGUCUGAUGAAGAAGGCAGUGGCCAUGCUGCGAAUAAGAAAGCAGCAAAGGCAGAGUUGUAUCCUCGAAGCAGAAGCUAUGCUGUGGCAAAAACUAGCGUUGCCUUUUGAUUGAUUUUGAGAAUUUGGAUUAGGGAGAGGUGAAAUUGAAAAGGCCACAAUCCCUUCUGGGUUUGUUUGGUUUGAUUCUUGAAGAUGUUGAAAGAUGUUUCUGUGCAAAGAUAUUUUAAGAGAAAUGUAGUUGGUAGGAGCACUUGUUUCUUCCCAAAUUUCAAAUCCAACUCCCAAUUCAAAGCAAUAAAGAUUGAACCUUACCUUA